AAUAUGAAAUCCAAUGUGCAAGUAGGACUUGCCGAAUUGAGUAUUUCUGACCUGGUCAACGGAUUCGACGUUGACGACUAACUGUGUAAAACCCUAUCACUAACUGUAAGCUAAAACCUGGACCUGGAGCCCUCCGCCGCUUGGACGCCAACGUAGUCCGCUCCCUGAAUUUAGCAUUCCUCUUUCGGCUGCCUCGGAGAUACGCUGCAGGGAGAUCUCAGCCGCAGUCUGUUUUUAGGUUUGAGCAAUUCAAAAUUGUAAUACAUGGCUCUUCGUUUUGAGAUUCUUGGGAGGUUCAAUCGUGCUCGGGCAGCUCAACUUACACUUCCUCACUUUGUGUGCCAGACACCUUUAUUUAUGCCCGUUGGUACACAAGGUACAAUAAAGGGUUUGACAACUAGUCAGCUCGAGGAAAUUGGGUGCCAAAUAAUUCUUGGAAACACAUACCACCUGGCUCUCCGUCCUACCUCUGAGCUCAUUGAUGAGUUGGGGGGCCUCCACAAAUUUAUGAAUUGGCCUAGGGCAUUGCUCACUGACUCUGGUGGCUUUCAAAUGGUCUCCUUGUUGCAUUUGGCCGACAUUACGGAGAAGGGUGUAACAUUUCAGUCACCAGUUGAUGGGAAGCCCAUGCUACUUACUCCAGAAGAGUCAAUACAAAUACAGAACCGGAUAGGAGCUGAUAUUAUUAUGGCCCUUGAUGAUGUUGUGAAGACCACUAUCACAGGUCCACGGAUUGAAGAGGCUAUGUAUCGCACUCUUCGUUGGAUAGAUAGGUGCAUAGCAGCACACAAGAGACCCCAUGAUCAGAAUUUAUUUGGAAUUGUGCAAGGUGGAUUGGAUCCAGUCUUAAGGGAUAUAUGUGUCAAAGGAUUAGUGGACCGUGAUUUGCCUGGCUAUGCUAUUGGUGGUCUUGCAGGAGGUGAAGAUAAAGAUUCAUUUUGGCGUGUCGUUGCCCAGUGCACAGCUGCAUUACCAGAAGAUAAACCACGAUAUGUCAUGGGUGUUGGCUAUCCUCUGGAUAUUGUAGUUUGCAGUGCAUUAGGUGCUGACAUGUAUGAUUGCGUCUAUCCUACACGUACUGCUCGCUUUGGGACAGCUCUUGUGCCCGAGGGAGUCUUAAAACUUAAACACCAGGCAAUGGCACAUGAUACUCGCCCAAUUGAUCAGAUGUGCGAGUGCAUGGUAUGUAAAAAUUACUCAAGGGCAUACAUUCACUGCCUUGUUACUAAAGAUGCAAUGGGAUCUCAACUACUAUCUUAUCAUAAUUUGUUUUACAUGAUGAAGCUUAGCAGGGAUUUACACUCAUCAAUUGUUGAAGGCCGAUUUCCAGAGUUUGUGUGCAAGUUUCUGCAGAAAAUGUUCCCAGAAGGAGAUGUUCCUCAGUGGGUUUGUAAUGCUAUGGAAGUAGCCGGCAUUGACAUAUCCUCCUGCUGUUCUCCAUUCCCAUCAUCCUAGCUAGAUUAUACAUGAAAUUUGCAAAAAGUAUACAACAAAACUCACACUGAAGAAAGGAACUGAAGAGGUGACUUACACAGCAGCAUAUUUUUUUGUAGCAAAUAUGCUGCUUUACUAGGUAUACUGUACUGAUUUAAGCACUAGGCUUACACUUAACUGCAGGAGAAUCCCUUUCUCCAAGCUUUCAGAAUGCGAUGCUUGGUGUUAGAUCGAUUCUUUCUUUGGUAUUGUUGAUCAAUGUCAACUCAUUCGAAAAUUUCAUUGUCUUUAAGAAGUUGCAUUGAGCUUUAUGAA